UUGUUAUCAUUUUACACAUUGGGGGACUGCCUUGUCAUGGGUAGACAUUUCAAAUAAUUUUUUUCUUUGUGCCUGGAAAAGGUUGACUGGGAGAUGUUGUUUAGACAUCAAACUAUCAGAAUUUUGGGGACCACAGGUUCCCAGGUACCUUCUUGCCAGUCCACAAGCAACGUCAGACACAGUGCCUCAUCACCCAAAGACCCCACCCUGCAGGGCUGCCCAGGCCUAUCUCUCCUGACAGCCUGGAGAUCAUCAGUGAGCUUCAGUCAGCAGCGGACAGAUGUGGCUGCUGCCUGGAAAUGCCGUCAGAGCUCCCCAGGACGCCCCUGAGGCCUGGGACCUGUGCCUGGCUUUGAGGAGCAUCUGUGGCUUGGCUGCUGCUGGGGUGAUCAUGGGCUUCCCUCCUCUCAGCAGGGCCAGAGUUCCUGCCCCAGAGACUGAACAACUGGCUGUUUCUGUGACAUCUUUAUUUUUACUUGUAUUUCAUGUCACUUUUUUGAAAAAAAGCAAGCUGAACAAUUGUUAAGUCAGUAUAGCUGCCUGUCAGUUUUCCUUAUUUCUCUUUUUGUAAAAUAAAAUUAAAACUCCAGAAA